CAUACUCCUUCCCUACUCCUAGUAAAGCCGCUUAUAUCAAAAUCUCUUUUUUUAUGUCACUUUCACAUUAUUAACCAUAAACCAAAAAAAAAGGAAAAAAAAGUGUUCAAGGAUCAUAAAAAGUUUAAUCAUCAUCAUCAUAAACUAAUGAUUAAACUUUUUAAUUUGAUUCUUGACUAACUUUAAGGAAACAUAAAAAAGAGUCGAGAAUCCGAAUCAAAGCUUAAUUCAAUCCGAAAAAAUGUUACGUGGAAAAGGAUGUUACUACUUAGUUUUAUCCAUCAUUGUUCUACUAACACCAACCACCGCCGGUGUUGGUGAUUGCGGUUGCGACCGUGACGGUUUAUCGGCCGAAACCACAAACGCCGCCUUAAAGUACAAACUCGGUGCAAUCGCCGCCAUUCUGGUGGCGAGUGCACUCGGAGUUUGUCUCCCUAUAAUAGGCAAGAAUUUCCCGGCGUUACACCCCGAGAGUAAUUUAUUCUUCCUAGUAAAGACUUUUGCGGCGGGGGUAAUUUUGUCCACGGGUUUUAUUCACGUGCUUCCCGACGCUUUUGAGAGUCUCACGAGCCCUUGCCUAAAGGAAAGCACGUGGGGGAAGUUUCCUUUUACGGGACUCGCCGCCAUGGUGGGGGCGUUAGGGAGUUUGAUGAUCGACGCUUUUGCCACCGGACACUACCGUAGGGUUCAUUUUGGGAAGCCGGUUGUGGUGGCGGAGGCGGCGGCGGUUAGCGGUGAUGAGGAGAUGGGUGGGGAUCAUGUUGGACAUGUCCACCUUCAUACUCAUGCUACUCAUGGUCAUGCCCAUGGUCCUGGUCCAAGUGCUACUCCUGAGGGGUUGAGUGAGUUAGAUCGUAUCAGAUAUAAGGUUACCUCACAGGUGUUGGAAAUGGGUAUCGUGGUCCAUUCAGUAAUCAUUGGACUAUCAUUGGGUACUUCUCAAAGCCUAGAUACCAUCAAACCUCUUAUGGCAGCUUUGUGUUUUCAUCAAUUCUUUGAGGGUGUUGGACUUGGUGGAUGCAUUGUGCAAGCGGCUUUCAAGUCUGCGUCUACAUUUUGCAUGGCACUAUUUUUCUCCCUGACAACUCCCGUUGGAAUCGCUAUCGGAAUUGGAAUCGCUAACGUUUACGACGAUAGUAGUCCAACCGCGCUUAUCGUUCAAGGUCUAUUAGACGCAGUCGCGGCAGGAAUCUUAAUUUACAUGGCACUUGUAGAUCUUCUAGCACAAGACUUUAUGAACCCUAAGGUGCAAAAUAAUAGUAGGCUUUUCUUUGGAGCAAAUCUUACUUUGCUUCUUGGUGCUGGUUUUAUGGCUGUAUUGGCUAUAUGGGCUUGAUUUAUUAUUUUCUUAACUGUUUUUUGGUGUGAUUAUAUAUUGAUUUUUCCUCAAUUUUUGCUUCUCUUAUUAUUAUUA